AUGAAUAAAAAACUUUUUGCUUUCAUAGCAGUGUUAUGCUUCUUAGAUGUUGCUCUCGCUGCUCCAUGUGCUGCUUGUACCUAUAGCGGUACUGGUGACGACACAGGUGGUCUAUGUACCCUCUGCCCUGCUGGAUAAUGUACACCUGGAACUGGAACUACUGGAGACAGUGAUAGUGUAUGUACCACUAAAGCAUGUCCUUAAGGAAAAUUUAGUUCAACAGGUUUUGAUACAGACGGAGCUGGAGCUGGAUGUACUGCUUGUACUGCAGGUACAACAACUCCGGGUACUUAAACUGUAGGAACAGCUUAAUCUGUUUGCACUCUUAAGGCCUGUGCUAAAGGUAGCUUUUCUGCCUCAGGAUUUGAUACAGACGGAGCUGGAACUGGAUGUACUGCUUGUACUGCCGGUACAACAACUCCUAAUACUUAAACUGUAGGAACAGCUUAAUCUGUUUGUACUGUUACUUUUAAGGCCUGUGCUAAAGGUAGCUUUUCUGCCUCAGGAUUAGAUACAGAUGGAGCUGGAACUGGAUGCACUGCUUGUACUGCCGGAACAUCAACUCCUAGCACUUAAACUGUAGGAACAGAUUAAUCUGUCUGUACUCUUAAGGCUUGUACUGCUGGAUCAUAUAGUGCUUCAGGUUUUGAUACAGACGGUAAUGGAGCAGGUUGUACUCAAUGUGCUGCUAAUACUUACUCUGCUUAAAGUGCUACUUCUUGCACUUCUUGCACUAAUAAUCGUACCUCUCCAGCUGGAUCUACUGCUGUCACUGCUUGUGUAUGCCCAUCAGGAACAACUGGUUCUACAGAUGGUGUUAGUACAUGUUCUGAUAAUACUACUAGUGGUUAAAAAAUCACUGUCUUUGUAUCUCUCAUUUUUAUUUUAAUGUCUUUAUUCUGA